AUGAGUGUAGCGAGGCUCUGGUGUUGUUGCUCUGCAGGCUGCGAUAACAUCAUUGAGGCUCGAAGGGCAAGCAUAGCCACACUCCGAUCACAGCACUCCGAUCACAGCACUCCGAUCAAAUCCAAUUACACGCUUCUUCACCUACUGAAAGCCGAGCCUCGCUUCUUGAGGAACAUAUCUGAGAAGAAAGAUGGCCAAGGCGCUCCCAACGCCAGCCCAGAACCGGCUCCGGCACCUCCUUCCCAGUUUGGGCUAGAGCGCCUCAGCCAAGCAGCGAAUAUAAACGCAGGUCAAAAUCUCCCACCUGGUGUCUUUGAUGGCCCAGUCACCGAGUACCCAGCCGAAUGGGCAUUCACGUUCAACACGGUCUCGGAAAACCCAGAGACGGUCCUGGUCGCCGCAGCAAAGCGGCUGCUCGCAGAGAUUUCCGCCAAACGGCAAUUCCCGAAACAGAAAUCUCGGCCCAUAGUGUUUGUGGCUCACAGCUUUGGGGGGAUCCUUGUCAAGAAGGCAAUCAUGCUGGCGGAAAAUGAGUUGUACCCGUGCAUGGUUGAGGCGCAAAAGAAAAUAGAGGGCGUCGUGUUCCUCGGAACGCCCCACUUCGGCUUUGGCGAAGCUUUCUGGAAAGAAGUCGCAAUGAACUGUGCCAGAGCAUACGGUAUGGGCCACUUCGGCCGCAAGGACUGGGGCAAGCGAGUGAAGGCGGGCUGGAGAGAACUGAAUCGGGUCACACGGGAGUGGCUGAAACAUGCAACGGGCCCAGCGAUCGAGGUCCGGAACUUCUCCGAGACGACGCCAGUCAACGGCGUCAUGGUCGUCCCGGACCACGCUGCUGGUAUCGGCAUCUACAAAGAACAUAAGAUGGAGCUGCAGGAGAAAAACCACUGCACGCUCACGCAGUACGUGGACGCAAACGACACGAGCUUCAAGCUUGUGGCGGGCGAAGUCCUGUCGCUGGCGUUCAAUGCGUGGAUGAGGAAUAUGCCGCCGCCAGUGAAAGAGCCCGAGAUUAUUCGUCCUAUUCCUCAGCGCAGAUAUGUUCCAUCGCCGCCUGCACCACCAUCGCCUUCGAUGGACUUCUCAGAACCUAGCAGUGAUUAUUGGGACGCGCAAUCUACUGCUUCUACCGAAAUACCUUAUCUCACACCACCCUAUGAAUGUGAACUCUGA